AAUUUUUCGCAAAAAGAACCUAAAGCUGUCGUUGAGGGGUUCAGUUCAGUCCGAGUUCGAGCAGGGGAAGACGAGGAGCGCGACUGCACGAGCCAAGCGAGGCGGCCAUGGCGGAGCUCGCCGCCGACCAGCACGUCCGCUACAUCGUCACCGUGGAGAAGAAGAAGGACUCGUUCGAGUCGCUGGUGAUGGAGCACAUCCGGCUCAACGGCGCCUACUGGGGCCUCACCACACUGGAUCUCCUCCACAAGCUGCACGCCGUCGACGCCGCCGAGGUCGUCGACUGGAUCAUGUCCUGCUACCAUCCGGAAUCUGGUGGAUUUGGAGGGAACGUCGGGCACGACCCGCAUGUCCUCUACACGCUAAGCGCCGUGCAGGUCCUCUGCCUCUUCGAUCGGCUCGAUGUCCUUGACAUCGACAAGGUUGCUGAUUAUGUUGCUGGACUCCAGAAUGAGGAUGGAUCAUUUUCUGGUGAUGUCUGGGGUGAAGUCGACACUAGAGCCUGCUGCUCCGUGUCCCCGCAGCUGCGCUACGCCAGGGCCCUCCGCUUCCGACUUCCGUGCAGGUAUCAGCUUGCCUCGAAAGCAGAUGAACCAGUGCUGUCUCAUAAUAGAUCGGCACCUCGUCUGGAGGACUUGAUGAUCACCGCCGGCGCGCUAGGGCAAAAGAAAGGGAGCGCGCAGGCCCUGCGACCCAGCUGCCUGUGUGGGGCCAUUCCUCACUCAAUCAGGGAACUCAUCUACAAUAGCUGGUUCUCGUAUAUUGCCCUAUGCACCUUAUCACUACUGCAUCGUCUGCAUAAAAUUAAUAUGCAAAAGGCUGUAGAUUUUGUUGUUAGCUGUAAGAAUUUGGAUGGUGGAUUUGGAGCUAUGCCAGGAGGGGAGUCACAUGCUGGGCAAAUAUUUUGUUGUGUUGGCGCUCUUGCAAUCACUGGUUCUCUACAUCACAUUGAUAGAGAUCUCCUUGGAUGGUGGCUUUGUGAGCGCCAGUGUAAAGACGGAGGACUUAAUGGGCGACCUGAGAAACUAGCUGAUGUUUGUUACUCCUGGUGGGUGCUAUCAAGCUUGAUCAUGAUUGAUAGAGUACAUUGGAUUGAUAAGGAAAAGCUUACAAAAUUUAUACUAAACUGUCAGGAUAAAGAGACUGGUGGCAUUUCAGAUAGACCAGAUAAUGCAGUAGAUAUCUAUCACACAUACUUUGGAGUUGCAGGACUUUCAUUGAUGGAGUAUCCUGGAGUGAAGCCUAUGGAUCCUGCCUAUGCGUUGCCGUUGGAUGUUGUCAAUCGGAUAUUCUUGAGAAAAUAAAACAUUACAUGUAUGAGAUUUGCCACAGAUGAUGUUGUCUAAUGUGGAUGCUUCUCUGCAGAAUCAUUGUAGUUAGGUUUGGAAGGAAAGUAGCUGAGGUGUAGAAUCAAAUUUUAUAUGGAGUCAGUAAUACAUGUUGGAAUAUCACUUCAACUUUUUGAGCGUCGACAACACAUUUGUACUGAAGUUGUACUGUACUACUGUUUAACACAACGGCAAACAUUGGUUUUUCUUCA